AUGAAUCGUUUCUGCCUGAGUUCACCAAAACAAUCUCGCCAAUUCAUCAUCAGUGACAUUACUAAUGUAAUGCAUGAUGUGUAUUCAGCCGCAGUCAAGAUUGGCGCAUUAACAAUCGUAUCAAGUUUGAUAUGUAUGAGGCGCAUAAAUACUUCACUUGGAAAUCAGUAUCGCAAGCUUGAAGUUUAUCCGCCCAUUUUCGGAAGUAAAACACAGGGUACUAAUAGACGUGGCACACUUGCUUACAAAAGAAGGGCAUGGAAAAUUGUUCGACAUAUUUCACUGAUAAACGACAGUUUUACUGGUAAUGGUCAGUUUGAGGUCAGUUUAAAGUAUAAUUAA